CCUCUCUCCCCACCCCUAAUUAAGGUAUAUAAAAAUGGAGUGAAAUUCAGUUCUUGCACUUCAGACCUUUUCCUCUGUUUGCUGUCUGACUGGGGCGGAACAUUUUAUACUAAUCAUGAGCAGAAACUACUUGUCCAAAAAUGAUGAGCUCCGCAAGGGAGACUUUCUGAUGUCCAACAACAGGGAGUGGAAGGCUAUCUUCCAGGAUGAUGGUAACUUUGUCCUCUAUGGCUGGAAGCCUGUGUGGGCUUCAGACACUGGUGACUCAGACGCCUCCCGCGUGUGCAUGCAGGCUGACUGCAACCUGGUCAUAUACAACAAGGCCAGCAAACCCUUGUGGCACUCAAACUCCGCCAAAUCCGACUGUAACAUGUGUCGCGUUCAACUGACCGAUGAUGGCAAACUGCUGGUGAACAAGGAAUGUGAUGAAAUCUGGAACUCUGCUAACUCCGAAGGCGUGAAGUGAUUCAUUGUUUGUGAAAGUCAUGUUUGGAAGUCGAUUUGAGUUACUGUAACCCUGAGUGCUGUGUAAUCUUUGACCGAAUAAAAGCAAUUUUUCACAAUGCA